AUGGGGGGCCUUUUGUCCUGCGGAGCAUGGGCCUGCUUUGAUGAGUUUAACCGCAUCGACUUGGAGGUGCUGUCUGUGGUGGCUCAACAGAUUCUCACCAUUCAGAGAGGAAUUACUUCCCACGCUGAGAUACUGCAGUUUGAAGGGAGCGAGCUGAGGCUGAACCCCUCCUGUGCUGUGUUCAUCACCAUGAACCCCGGAUACGCUGGACGCUCUGAGCUACCGGACAAUCUCAAGGCUCUGUUCAGGACCGUGGCCAUGAUGGUACCAGACUACGCAAUGAUCGCAGAGAUUGUGCUCUACUCGUGCGGCUUUGUGACCGCGCGGCCCCUGUCGGUGAAAAUCGUGGCUACAUAUCGUCUCUGUUCGGAGCAGCUGUCCAUGCAGCAUCACUACGACUACGGGAUGAGGGCCGUCAAGUCUGUGCUCACUGCUGCUGGAAACCUCAAGCUCACUUAUCCCGAAGAGAACGAAGACACCUUGCUGCUGAGAUCCAUUAUUGAUGUCAAUCUGCCCAAGUUCCUGUCCCAUGAUCUGAAGCUGUUUGAGGGUAUCACAUCUGACCUCUUCCCGGGGGUCCAGCUUCCAACACGAGACUACCAGGUGCUGAUAGAAGCCAUCGAGGAAAACUGCCAGCGCAUGAACCUGCAAGUCACAGAGUUCUUUGCUGAGAAAAUCCUGCAGAUCUUUGAGAUGAUGAUAGUGAGGCACGGCUUCAUGGUGGUGGGCGAGCCCUUCGGAGGAAAGACCUGCGCCUAUCGUGUGCUGGCGGCAGCCCUUCACGAUGUCUUUGAAAAGGGUUUGAUGGAUGAGAACCAGGUGCAGAUCACUGUUAUCAAUCCCAAAUCCAUCACCAUGGGCCAGCUGUACGGCAACUUCGACCCCAUCUCUCACGAGUGGUCCGACGGCAUCCUCGCCGUCAGCUACAAAUCCUUUGCUUCCUCCCAGAGUCCCGACAGAAAAUGGCUUAUCUUUGACGGCCCAGUGGAUGCGGUGUGGAUCGAGAACAUGAACACGGUGCUCGAUGACAACAAGAAGCUGUGUCUGAUGAGCGGCGAGAUCAUUCAGAUGUCACCGCAAAUGAGCCUCAUCUUUGAGCCCAUGGACCUGGAGGUGGCGUCGCCUGCCACGCUUUUCCCUGUCAAAGUCCAGAUCCUUAGCCAGCCAUAA